AUGGUGAGUGGUGGCAAAGUGCCUCGACGCAACGGACGGACCCGUCGUCUCCAGGGCUCAGGCGCUCUGUUGCAGUGCGGUGUAGGAUCCGUCCACCCAAGAUCUCGUCUGCUGGUGUGGCACUCGUGCUUUUCGCACGCUGCGUCUCGCCACGAGAGCGUCGUGCGUGGCCACGCUCUCAACCAGCAGCUCGAAGUGUACCUUCCAUCCAAAGCUGGGAGAGCUACUGCGCAGUCUUUACAAUGGGAAACUGGCUUUUAUUACGAAGUGAGAACGUCAGUGACAAUGUUUCUGUCGCCUGCUUUCAUCCGCACGUACCUUAUGGAUGGCGGCGCAGUGUUUAUGGUGGCCAAGAACGUGGCAGUGGACGCGUCGCAGUCUGCGAUGCUGCUACCUUCCGGUCACUUGCUGCUGCUCGUGGAUGCUGAUACGUACCAUCAAUUGGGGAUCAUGGGGGAGAAAUAUGGCAAGGCAGCACCUGCAAGUAGCAGGACUGCACAUGAAAAGCAGGGACAGAAGUACGUGAUUACGUUGGACUUGACGUCGUCAAUGUUUCUUGCUGAAGAAGGGAAUCACCAUCACUUGGGAGAGCGCGUGCGGAGAUUGUUGAGUACGAAACUUGAUCAUCUGGAGAUGUUGCUGUGCGCAUACAAUCAGCGUGGCUCGCCACGCACGAUCUCGUUUGGAGAAGAUGACACCGUGCCACGGGUACGAGUUGAGCUGAAUGGCAAGACCACGACGUUUAACGACGUGUUUCUGCCCAAGUUUGAUGCUUUUUACAAGGCGUUGAGUGCGAGUGACGAGCACGGAGAUGGUCGAAUGGACACGUUGAGAACGUCGUUGCACGAGGCGUAUGACUGGUUGGGGCUCGUAGCCUGCCGAUUGACAACCUUGUUGCAGAGAGAAAAGCUGGAAGAGUAUGUGUCGACGUUCGCAGGAAUUCCUGAUUCAUUUGAAUGUGAACCGGACGGUGAGAUCACGACGGUACAGUGGCGCGGUCUGCUAGCCGCGCCGUUUUGUUCAGCAAUUGUUGAAAAGGUGCAGCUUGCUGUCAAGAAUGGGGAUUUGCCGUGGGGUGCAGUUACAGUGUGGGGGUUUCCGGAUGUCUUUGUGUCGUGGGUGCAGACCAAGCUGAACAAAAGUACUAAAGGAACGAAAGGGUCUCAGCGACGAGAGCAUGGCUACCUGAGUAAUGGCAGCAACAACUACACAAUACUCAUGCUUCCAAACGAGGAGUACUUUGUGCUGCAAUCUCUCGGCCCACACGAUGCCACCAAGUAG